AUGGAGAACGCAAGCAGUGUGAAGGAAUUCAUUCUUCUGGGCCUCUCAGACAAUCAAGGGGUGCAGAAAAUAUGUUUUGUGAUGUUUCUGUUCUUCUACAUGAUUAUUGUAGCAGGAAAUCUGCUCAUCGUUAUCACUGUAAAUAGCAGUCGACGUCUGAACUCCCCCAUGUAUUUCUUCCUCUGCUACCUGUCCUUUGUAGAUAUCUGUUACUCUUCUGUCACAGCUCCCAAAAUGAUUGCCGACUUCCUUGUUGAAAAUAAAACUAUCUCCUUUGUGGGUUGCAUAGCACAGCUGUUUGGGGUACAUUUCUUUGGCUGCACAGAGAUCUUCAUCCUCACAGUGAUGGCCUAUGAUCGCUACAUUGCCAUCUGCAGACCUCUCCAUUACACCUGCCUCAUGACCAGGCGCGUGUGUGGCCGGAUGGUGAUCGGCUCGUGGGUGGGCGGCUUCGUGCACUCCAUAGUGCAGACUCUUCUAACCACUCAGCAACCCUUCUGUGGCCCUAACAUAAUUGACCACUACUUCUGUGAUGUCCACCCCCUACUACAACUGGCCUGUACCAACACCUACGCUGUGGGCAUCAUUGUUGUUGCCAACAGCGGAAUGGUAAGUCUGAGCUGUUUCUUCAUCCUGGUCAUGUCCUAUGUUGUCAUCCUGGUUUCCUUGAAAACUCAAGGGUGGCACAAGGCCCUCUCCACCUGUGGGUCCCACAUCACUGUGGUGAUUCUGUUCUUUGGGCCAUGCACGUUCAUGUACAUACGUCCGUCCAGCAAUCUGUCAGAGGACAAGAGCCUGGCACUGUUUUACACUGUCAUCACACCCAUGCUGAACCCACUCAUCUACACGCUAAGAAAUGAGGAGGUGAAGAGUGCCAUGAGAAAACUGUGGAGUAGGAAAGUGGGAAGUGAAAAUGGAAAGGUGUAG